GUCACAAACUGAACAAAAAAAUUGCAAAUCAUUGAAAUCAAAAUAUAAACAUCGUUUUUUGAGGAUAGUAGUUAAUUUUAAUGCAAUAUAUAAAUAUACAAUGUCUUAAAAUGAUGUCAGAGUAUUUUUACAGUUGCACAUCAUGGCAAAAUCAUUAACACUGAAGAAUUAUCGAAAAUUUUGAGCAUCCCGAGCACGCGACGAUGGCGUCAGAGAAGGGAGUUCCAGUAGAGCUGUACAUCUACGACCUCACGCACGGCAUGGCGGCGCUGCUCUCUCCCGCCAUACUUGAUGAGCAGCCUCUCGUCAUUGGCAAGGCUGUAGAUUCAGAACUAGGACUGGGGCGGCAGGUGGCGGGCGUGUGGCACACGUCGGUGGUGGUGUACGAGCGCGAGUACUUCUACGGCGGCGCCGGCGUCACCAGCUGCGCGCCGGGCGGCACGCAGCUGGGGCAGCCGCACCAGGUGGAGCGGCUGGGCGACACCUUCGUGCCCUUCGCCGUGUUCGUGGACUACAUCCAGGGGCUCGCCACCACCGCGUACACGGGCGGCGCGUACCGGCUGCUGGAGCACAACUGCAACCACUUCAGCGAGGAGGUGGCGCAGUUCCUGUGCGGCGCGCACGUGCCCAAGCACAUCCUCACGCAGCCCGACGCGCUGCCGCCGCCGCUGCGCCUCGCGCUGCAGGCGCUGCUCGACAACCUCGUGCCCGACUCCGCGCAGGCGGUGUACGCGGACGGCGUGCGGCACGCGCGGCAGGAGAGCCCCGACUUCCUCACGCUCAACCAGCAGGUGGAGCAGGCGCGUGCGCAGGGCGCGGAGCUGGAGCAGCGGCGCUCGACGCUGGCGGAGAAGCUGGCGCGCAAGGAGCGGCGCCGCGAGAAGAAACGCAAGAAGCACGGCCAGCCCGUGCCCGCAGACAUGGCGGAGGCGGUGGAGGCUUUCGCGCCCGAGGAGCUGAGCGCCGGCCCCAGCCAGCCCGUGCCCGAGGAGCGGGACGAGCACGAGGAGCGCCGCGCGCCCAGGGACCCGCCGAUAUUCUACAGCGACAUCGAUGGAGCGGCGGAGUAUGAGAAGUUAGUGAGUGCACUGGAGGGCGCCAGCCUGAGUGCAGAGGAGCAGCAGAGCCUGCAGGAGCUGCAGCAGUACCUCGUGCUGGGUGAGGGCAGCUGGGUGCUGGGAGACGACUUCCUCGCAUUCAUAGGUCGCAUCCUGUCGGACGCGGGCCUGGCCGGGGCGCGCGGCGCCUGCCUGCGCUGCCUGGCGGCGGCCGCGCUGCGCGAGGACGUGUCGCUGCUGCUGCACCAGGACCGCCGCCACCACGCGCUGCUCAGCUACGCGCACAGCAUCGACAUGCAGCCGCUGCCCGAGCAGAUCGCGCUCGCGCUCUUUAUGUGCAACCUGUUCUCGCACGUGUCGUCGUCGGAGUGGCUGCUGUACAUCAGCGAGUGGGACGCCGCCGGCCAGCCCAUGUCCAACAUACGCGCCACCACUAAGGUGUGCGUGCACGCGGCGCUGUCGGAGCAGCUGGAGCUGCGCGAGCUGGGCACGGCGCUCAUGUACAACGUGGCCACCAAGGAGGUAAAGACCGUGCGGCUGGGCGCGGGCCGAGCGCUGCGGGAGCUGCUGCCGCGCGGCGCCAAGUCCAAGGUGUUCGACGAGGUGUGCGUGGAGCUGGCGAUGGCGCUGCUGCAGCUGCUGGCGUGGGCGCCGGCCGAGGAGCACAUGUACCGCGCCGUGCUGGCGCUGGCGCGGCUGGCGCAGCACAGCGCCGACGUGCCGCAGCUGGUGGCGCUGGUGGGGCCCGACCCCGCCGCCUUCCGCGGCACGAGCGCGCGUGUGGACGAGCAGAUCGACCUCAUCGCCAAGAAGCUCAAGUAGACCAGCAACCCCCCUCUCCCCCGCCCGCCCCGCCCCCCGCGGGCCCCGCCCUCCUCGCUCCACUGCUGACAUUGUUUUCUUUGAUUUAUCAGAUGGCGCGAGGGGUCGCGGUGGCCGGGGCGGCGCGUAUGUUACCAUGUAUAUAAACUUAGUGUGAUAGUCUAAUCUAAUUAUUAAUGUAUUGGUAAAUUUAGCGUAAGUACCUGACCUCAAGAGGAGCCUUGUUGUAUAUUACGAUAUAUUACGUUAGCGUCACUACCGCCGCCGCGCGGUCGCUGCGCGCGGUACGGUGCAUUUACUCGGGGACGGUUGUUUGUUUAACAAAUAAAUCUAUUGUAUAUUGCACAA